AUUCGCUUCCGGCAAUGAGGCGCUUGGCAUUGGUUUGCCUUGGGGUGAGGCCCGCUUUUCGGCAGGGUUGACCUGUCGCGUCCGUCCUCCGCCCCGCCCGAGCUGGUAGAGCUGAUCCUUGCGGGCGGCGGGAAGCCCCGAGGCGCCGCGAGUUGCGCAUGGGCCUCAGCGCACGCCGGCUGCACCAUGGUCCAGCUCACUACUGUCCUCUGCAAGGCCUACCGUGGAGGCCACUUAACCAUUCGUCUUGCCCUGGGAGGCUGUACUAACCGGCCUUUCUAUCGCAUCGUGGCUGCUCAUAACAAGUGUCCCAGGGAUGGUCGUUUCGUGGAGCAGCUGGGCUCCUAUGAUCCACUGCCCAACAGUCAUGGAGAGAAACUCGUUGCUCUCAACCUGGACCGGAUCCGACAUUGGAUCGGCUGUGGAGCCCACCUCUCUAAACCUGUGGAAAAGCUUCUGGGUCUCUCUGGCUUUUUCCCUCUGCAUCCCAUGAUGAUCACAAAUGCUGAGAGGCUGCGACGGAAACGGGCACGUGAAGUCCUCUUAGCAUCUCAGGAAACAGAAACAGAGGCUACAGAAACAAAAGCGAACUGACUCCAGUGAGCAUAGUAGUGGCAACAAGGUCAAAGUUCUCUUAAAACGCUUGUGCAGAGUUCCUAGUUUUGUUAGAGUUAGGGGUCAAUAAAUGGAGUUUUCUAUGUCA